AUGUCAAAACUGCGUGACUUAUGGUCAGGUGCCGAUGAGCGGGCCGUCAAUGCACCGAAACCCGUCCGUACGAGUCGUGGGUGGAAUGUCCCUCCUGAAGUGUUACCUACAAAACCUCAGGCGCCUCGUAAGCGCAAGUGCGCAUAUGUGCGACCCAACAAUCGAGCCGCCGUGGCACUUCCGCAUCCCGGGCAAAGUUACAACCCCCGCGAUGAUGACCAUCAGAAGGCUCUGCUCAAAGCGGUUAAACACUUGGAGAAGAAAAAGCGGGAUCAUGAAAGGGUUGUGAAGUUCUUGACUCGAGGUCGGGAUCAAAAAUAUAACGGCAGCCUUUCCACUGACGAGACGUGGGAGGAAGAGGUAAAGGAACGGCCGGAAAAGAAGAAGAAGAAGGCGCGAAAAACAGUGAAGGAAGGGGUUCAGGAAGGGGACUCCAACGUAGCAAAAAAGGAGGAAGAUAAGAAGAAGAAGCGGAAGAAGAAGGACAAAAAGAAGGUAUCAAAGGCUUCAUUACUCGCAACGAAAAAAACCCUUCCGCACCGCCGUCACCCGAAACGGGACAUCGUGUUGAAUGAAGUGGACCACAUCGAGGAAAUUGCAGCUCAGCACGCUAAGCGGGAAGCAAAACGCCAAGCUGCAAGAGAGAAGCGUCGUCUCAUUAAGCGUGAGGGGAUGUCCAUUAAAUCUUUCGGUCGCCAUCAUUACACGCCGCUCUCUCUAGAUGUGGCGCCUAGUUCAAAUCUCGUUGGUUCCCUGCGGCACCUCAAUGGCAGCUCCGUCCAUCCCAUAACCGACCGCAUGAAGUCGCUUGAGGAGCGCAACCUUGUGCCGGCACGUAUGAGGCACGUAUACAAUAAGAGGAAGGUGUUGAAACCGAAGGGUGAGGUUCGUGUGAAACGUGAGACCUUUGGUGUGAUUCCCGAAACAUCCUUUUAA